AUGCCGGCGUUGCUUCUUCCUCUUCCUCUUCAUCUUCAUCACAAGAACAUUCAGCACCUGAGCGGAGGACGGCCGCUCUUCUUCUUCAUCAUCAUCAUCAUCACCAACUCCUCGCCUUCUCCUCAAUGGCAGCACUUUCACUUUCACUUUCGGCCUGACAAGUCUGGAACAAAGUACCUCCGCCAAGCCUCAACAUGUACCAGGGCCACUUACAGGGCAAAGACGCUAGGGCUGCAGAUAAGACUGUUGCCAUGGUCCUGAAGGAGAUACCCAGUAAGGCGUCGUCAGAAGGGAAACCCCUCCUCACGGUGACUACCAAGCUGGUAGGUGAGCAACAAGAGAGCCGCCCUCUUCUGAGUCCAUCCAUCGACGAUUUCCUGUGCGAGACCAAAUGUGAGGAGCUUUCCCGCCCUGUGACAUCCAACACAGCAGUUCUGUCGUCAACAUUGGACCUGCUGGAUCUGAGCGAGCCGAGCGAGCGGAGGAACAAGGACAGGAAGAGUCCUCUUUCAUCGCGGGGCGACAAGCCCAGCAGCCCUCACAGGAAGAAGACCGCCGACACGGAGCUGAUCCACGUGGAGGUGGAGCAGAGCACGCGGACGCCGGAGAGGGCGCCGCUGGACUCGGUAAUGGUGAGUUCACAGCUGGAUAAAUGGGAAGAGCUGAACACCAACCCCGAAAGGAAUGGAAGCAGGAAGUGGAAGUUGGAGAGACGGCGGUCGUCAAAGAACUCUUCUAGUGAACUUCUGUGGUCCAUGGACUGUAAAAGCCAGUCGGAGCCGCAGAACAAGAACUGCAUGGAAACUAACACCAAAGCGGAGCCCGAGUCCACGCUCUCCUCUCAACUCAACAGGCAGUAUAUUAGUGGAAGACAUGCUCGUCUGACCAAGGACCAGCGGUGGGGCAGUGCCCUCCUGUCCAGACAUCAGUCCCUGGAGGAGGAGUUUGAGAGAGCCAAGGCUGCUGUGGAGUCCGACACCGAGUUCUGGGACAAGAUGCAAGCCGAGUGGGAAGAACUGGCUCGCCGGAACUGGCUGACGGAGAACGAAGAAGGACAGAUUCCCUCCACGGUCUCGCCCCACGAGAAGGGCUACUACUUCCACACGGACAAUCCCUACAAGGACCUGGCCAACGCCUUCGAGGAGGGACAGAAGAAGUCUCGGGAGGGGGACUUGCCAAACGCCGUGCUUCUGCUGGAAGGGGCGGUCUUGCAGGACCCUCACGAUUCAGAGGCUUGGCAAGUGCUGGGGACCACCCAGGCUGAAAACGAAAACGAGCAGGCAGCCAUCGUCUCCCUGCAGAGGUGUCUGGAGCUCCACCCCAACAACCUGGCGGCCCUCAUGGCGUUGGCGGUGAGCCUGACCAACACGGGGAUGCGCCUGGACGCGUGUGAGGCUCUGCUGCGCUGGCUGCGACACAACCCCAAGUACAAGCAGCUGCUGAAGAACAAGAAGCACCUGGCGGCCUCGCCCAAGUCCCAGCGCAGGAUGUCCCAGGUGCCCAACAUGGCCAGACACGACAGCUCCGUGCUCCCUGACGUCAAGGAGCUCUUCCUGGAAGCGGCCCGGCACAACUCGGACGGCGUGGACCCGGACUUACAGACGGGCCUGGGCGUGCUCUACAACCUCAGUGGAGAGUUCAACAAAGCUGUGGACGCCUUCAACACGGCACUGGCGGCACGGCCUGAGGAUUACUUGCUGUGGAACCGACUGGGGGCCACGCUGGCCAACGGGGACCGCAGCCAGGAGGCGGUGGAGGCGUACACCCGGGCCCUGGAGCUGCAGCCGGGCUUCAUCCGCUCUCGCUACAACCUGGGCAUCAGCUGCAUCAACCUGGGCUCGCACAGAGAGGCGGCCAGCAACUUCCUGACCGCCCUGAGCCUCCAGCGUAAAAGUGGCAGCCGCCAGCAGUCCCACCAGGUCAUGUCUGGCAACAUCUGGGCCGCUCUCAGGAUCGCGCUGUCCAUGAUGGACCAACCGGAACUCUUCCAGGCCGCCAACAUCGGCGACCUGGAUCUUCUCAUGCGAGCCUUUCAUUUGGACAUUUGAGGAAGGGCUCAAGACGUGACGUCCGCAAACUCCCCUUUUUCCCUCCGGUCCUGGGCCACAAGGCUCAGAACCCAAAGUGGACUCAGGAGUCCGUUUCGUUUUUUUAAAUGCACGUCUAUUUUUUCACCCCAGUUACCUUGGAGCAGCUGCGGUCUUCCAAGAGCUUGAACUGACGGAUUUGUGAGGAACCGGACGAGCACAAAGACGGGCGAAGAUUGUACGAGCGAUGCCUUAGAGAACCGAAUCGCUUGGUUGCACAAACAGAUCAGGGUUUUUUUCGGGGGAAAACAGAAACCCGGAUGGAUUCUGAGAGAAAACCCAAGUUCUCCUACCGGGGGACGGACCCUCCUUCCUGCAUGGCUUUUCCAAAACUUCCCCUUUUGCACUGGAGACAAACCGAGAACCUGCACCCAAGUGGGGUGUGCAAGCCUUACCAAGAACUAUUUCUACGGUUUCUAGGGCAUCACAAAAACUUUUUCUUCCAUCCGGCCCACAAUACCGGGGGCCGGCCAGUGGGGCCGGGCCAGGUUUACAGUAGGGAGGGGAUUCAGAAGAUCUCCCAGGAAAUGACUAAGAAACCUAUAGUCCCACAAAACGGACCAACCUCCCCCUUAAGGACUCCAAAUAAGUACCCAAAAACGGACUUACCCCUAAAAGGGUUCUUUCGGGCAACCUAAUUUACCACUGGGUUCUUUUGGGACCUUUCCGCGGAUCCGUCCAUGACCUAAAAAGGGUCCGAUUCAAAAAGUAGAACACUCAGGCUUCAAACAUCCAAGGUUGGUUCAGCUCGGGUCUUUACGGUCUGGAAUGGCAAACCUUCAUCUUGGUCAUCGUCCAACAAUCUACUCCUUCUUGCUCGAUUCUUAACGUCAUUAAUUACAAUCCCCAAAAAGAUCUCCUCAAAGGACAACGCCAGAGAAAUGUUUAGCGGUGUAGAUUUAGGCUAAUUGCUGCUGCUAGCCUGACAUCGUAGUUUACUAGCUGUAGCUGCUCGCUAGCUAGCUAGUAUGACGAACAAUUUUAAAGCAAAAAAUAACAUUCCAAACAUGACUAAUGUAAAUUCUGACAGUAGAUUAGCCGUUUAAUCAUUCAAAAAAUGUAGUAAAUUGUAGGGAACUCCGUUUGCUGCUAGCCUGACAUCAUAGUUUACUAGCUAUAGCCGCGCAUUAGCUAACUAGUAUGACGAAUGAUUUUAAGAUAAAAAGGUAACAAUCAUAACAUGGCUAAUGUAAAUUCUGACAGUAGAUUAGCCGUCUAAUCAUUCAUAAAAUGUAGUAAGUUGUA